AUGGGCGAGAGCCCCAAGGAAGGCUACAGCCGCUCCGCAUGCACCGAGUGCCAGCGCCGCAAGCAAAAGUGCAACCGCGAAUGGCCCUGCAACCACUGCCAGAAGCGCAAGGUCGCCGACAAGUGUCGCUUCGGCGGCGCCAGCCCCGACCGGCCGGGCGACUCGCGCAAGCGCCAGCACAGCAACGACGACACCGACUCGACCGACACGAACCCCUGGGAUGACGCCGACAGCGGCUUCGAGGCCCUGGGGUACACGGCGUCCCACCUCUUCUCCGGGCUCGGCCAGGAUCGGAGAUCCAAGACGAGCGCGAGGCAGCAGCGGCAGUACUACAUGGACGCCGGAUCGUGUCCGCAGCUCGCCCGCGCCCUCCAGGUGCUGCCGCCGCGGCCGUACACGGACUCGCUCGUCCAAAACUUUCUCAACAACGUCAACUACCACUACUACAUCAUCUACCCGCCCUCGUUCCUCGACGAGUACCGCGACUGGUGGGCGCUGCGCUCCGACAACCGCCCGCUCGGCCUGCAGUGGACGUGCCUGCUGCUCGUCGUGUGCGCGUGCUCGGCGCAGUACACCGACGCCGAGCUGCAGCAGAAGCUCGAGGCCGACCUCGGCGAGUCGACGCAGCGCCUGACCGAGGCCUACCACAACGCCCACCGCGAGCUGCACAGCGUCAUCCCCGUCGGCCACAACCACCUGCUCAACGUCCAGUCGCUGCUGCACUCGUGCUACUGGUACAAGUCGGAGGCGCGCUUCGUCGAGUGCUGGCACGUCUUGAGCACGGCCAUCCGCGAGGCCCAGGAGCUGGAACUCCACCACGAGGCCGUCGCCGGGCACAUGUCUGAAUUCGACCGCGAGAUGCGCAGACGGGUGUGGUGCAUCCUCAACACCUGGGACUGGCAAACGUCGUCGCUGCUCUCGCGCCCCCUGCUCAUCGACCGCACCGACUGCGACGUCGGGCUGCCCAGCCUCAAGCUCGAGGGCUACUCGCCGUCGCCGCUGCUGCACAUGAAGCUGCAGUCGGAAAUCAUCAUGCGGCUCGCCCACCGCUUCGGCCCCGUCAAGAACGUCACCGGCCCCGACGACGUGCAAGAGUACCAGCGCCUCAUCGAGGACUGGACGCGCACCUGGCCCGCCGCCUACGACCUCGACAGCCCCGACGAGAGCGCCGACGCCCAGCGCCACUGGAUCGCCCUCCACCGCCACUACCUGCGCACCAUGACCUACUCGAUGCUGCUCGACCCCUUCCGCGGCUACCUGGCCCGCCACAUGGCGGCGACGUCGCCGCCCACGGAGCUCGGCAUCCGCAGCCAGGGCAUCGACCACGCGCUGCGCCUCAUGAACGCCCUCUACGGCUUCUUCGACUACGUGUACCCGCGCGACGCCAAGUUCCACUGGGUGCUCUUUUGCAUCUUUGACACGGCCGCCGUGCUGUGCUCGUCGCUCAUGCACGACGACGACGGCAGCAUCGCGCGGCGCGACGAGAUCCUCGCCGCCAUCGACGGCGCCGUCGCCAUGCUGCGCCGCCUCAACACCGUCACCAAGGCCGCCCGCACGUCGUACGAGGUCCUCGUCCGCGUCUCGCAGCGCGUCACCCGCAGCCCCCGGCCCGCGGACCCCUUGCCCUCACCGCCGGCCAGGAUGCCCGCGCGGCCGCCCGAGUCCAGGAAGCGCGUCAGGCCCGACGACAUCGCACCCGCCCCCGCCAUGGCGCCCGGAACGGCGCCGUACCCGUACGCCGGCGGCAUGGCGCUCGCUCCCCCCGCGCCGAUGCCCGUCACCAUGGCCCCCGGGCCGGCGUACCCCCCGUCGACGGCGCACGGCCUCGUGCCGACGUCUGCGCCCGUGGCCAUGGGCUACCCGGCGUACCAGGAGGCAAAUCCGAACCCCUACCAGGCGGUCGAGUUUGGCAACAUCACGCAGCAGGACCUGGGCGACCUGGCGAGCCUGUGGGACUAUGAGAGCCUGGAUCUCAACUUUAUCGGGCCCACGCAGAUGGGGUAG